AUGAGCCAAUCCCAUAUGACUUCCUGUGCACCAACGCCACUACUUCACAAAUCAAGAUGGCAGCCUUUAAGGUACAAUCUAGUCCCAAGUAUUGAGGCUACGCGAGCAUUUCGGCCGGCAUUGCCUCGAACGGCGCCUGUGUCAGAGCCUUUACCAAUUAGAAAGCCAUUUGGUGCAAUGCGUGCAGGGCUUUUCGGAUUUCUUCUGGGCACCACCCUGACCGCGGCUGCUGUAUACUAUUACAUUCUACAAGAGUACAAGAUGUCCAAUGAAAUCUUGACGGGAAAUAUCCAGUCUGUCGGAGACAAUAUUCUACGAGUGCAUUCACACGUGCAAAUGCUCGAAAAUAAAUUGGCAGAACUCGAGAAAAAAAAGCAAGAGGUAAAUCUAACUUGA